AUGUCAUAAGCUGAGUUAAGAGAUAGAUUAGAAGUUAUUAAAGCUGAAAGAAAGGCAGAAGACGAAGAAAAGAGAUAAGAAUAGUCUAAUCUAAAGAUGAAUAUUUAUCAUCAAUUUAGAAAAAGUAUAAGAGACUAAGGUACAUUGAAGAGCAGAGUGGUAGUAAAAAAUAUGGAGAGAGAAGCAAAGAUAUUGAAAUAGUAAAAGGAGGAAGAAUUGAGGAAGAAGAUUAGAGAAGAACAACUAAUUGAAGUCUAAAAUAAGAUCAGCUAAAAGAAAUAAAUUAAAAGUGCAGAAGAAUGA